GUUGGAGCAGCUGACCGGAGGCCCCGCCCCCCGCCUCGCGGUGCUGUCAUGGCGGAUCCCGCGCAGUGUCCGGUCACGCCGAGCCGCCAUGAGAAGAGUCUGGGGCUCCUCACCAGCAAGUUCGUGUCCCUGCUACAGGAGGCCGAGGACGGCGUGCUGGACCUCAAGGCGGCCGCCGACACUCUCGCUGUCAGACAGAAGCGUCGAAUUUAUGACAUCACCAAUGUGCUAGAAGGCAUCGGGCUGAUAGAGAAGAAAUCAAAGAACAGUAUUCAGUGGAAGGGAGUUGGUCCCGGUUGUAACACGCGGGAGAUUGCCGACAAACUCAUUGACCUUAAGGCUGAACUAGCAGAUCUGGAGAAACGAGAGCAGGAACUCAACCAGCAACGUAUCUGGGUGCAACAAAGCAUCAAGAAUGUGACAGAUGAUGUGCAAAACACGGGAUUAGCAUACCUGACGCAUGAAGAUAUCUGUCGCUGUUUUCCAGGUGAUACAUUGCUUGCCAUUCGAGCUCCAUCAGGCACAUGUUUAGAGGUUCCAGUGCCAGAGGCAAUCAAUGGGCAGAAGAAGUUUCAGAUUCACCUGAAAAGUUCCACGGGGCCCAUAGAGGUUCUUUUGGUCAAUAAAGACACUUCAAACUCUCCUCCAGUUGUUGUGCCUGUCCCACCACCCGAAGAUCUUGUCCAAUCAAAUCCUGCAAUCGCAAGCAAUCCCCAUCAAGCUGCCCUCACCCAUGAGACAGAACCUAAGCCCCACCCACCGGCUACGCCUCAGAGCACCGUUUCUGAAACACAGGAAUGCCCUCCAUCCAGCGAAGUAGUGGAAGAUUCUGGAUCCACCCUUCUACCCACUGUAGAUACCAGCUGCCCCCUCCAGUCUUCAGCCUCAUUAGACAGCAGUGCUGAUUUGCUAAAUCCAUCUACCUCAUUCCAGCCAAUCAAGUCUGAGCCAUCAGAUGUAUUGGAGUUACCCACCGAUCUCUCCGAAUUAUUCGACCCAACAAGAGAAUGCACAGCUUCUGACCUGCUGGAAGAGCUGAUGUCAUCUGAAGUGUUCGCUCCUCUGCUCAGACUCUCCCCACCCCCCGGAGACCACGACUAUGUCUACAACUUGGAUGAAAGUGAAGGAGUCUGCGACUUGUUUGAUGUUCCCAUCCAUCUUUGACGUCUGAACUUGGCCUUGUGCCAUAUUGUGAAUAGAGACACUAUUUGGUUCCAUAAUGAAGAGUUGUCUAUUUUUGGAUUUCAUAGUUAUUUGUGCAAUGCAGAAUGGUGUAGAGACUUUGCAUUACGGCGAUCCCGGAUGACGAACCUCCACGUUGCCCUAUGUGCCAGGAGAAUGGCCAUUCUUGCAGGAAUAUGUGCAUAUAAAGAUAUUUUUCUACCAAACUGUCCUUUCUGUGCUUCAUAUUCUAUUAUUUUUUAAGUUUUUUUUUUUUUCGUUUUUUACAAAAUAAAUCCAUUUUGGCCAGUA